AUUGAAUCGUGUGUCACAACAACGUUGGAGCAUAAUGCCACGAUGCCCCGUGCUAGUACCGAUCGAAGCUGGCCUACAAUGGUGGCUUGGAGCCACACGGAUAGAGGUCUUUGACUCCGGAUUUGAAUAGACGUCAUUCAAGGAGCAGAAUUCUUUCCGUCUCCACUUUUGUCGUCUCACUUAUAAGUAACCAUCAUUCCUCCGGACCAGGCUGACAUAUUUUAUAAUACUUUUGCCAUCAUGGCUGACAUUCAGACGAGGCCAUUUUCAAAGGAUUAUAGUGGCCUCAUCAAUCAGACGGUCAUAGCAAUUGUAUUGGCCAUAGUGUCUGUGACGUCGCACGAGAUCAUGAAGAGAAAAAGACGCGGAUUUCGCACCCAGCUUGAGGGACUUGGAAGUGUCGAGUCUUGGGAGUUUGGCUACCUGUAUCAGGGUCGUUCGUGGGCACGGAAUCCUUCCCCUCCGACACCGAAAGGCUGGCCAUUAUCUUGGGUUAAGGACAGCAUCGCCCUUCCCCAAGCGAAGCUUAAUGAGCUUAGAGGAGUCGAUGCAACGUUGUAUGUGCGUUUCCUGCGCGGCAGCCUAUUCUUUGUCCUCCUCCACACGUUUACGACCACUCCUAUCCUCCUUCCGAUACAUGUUCACUUUUCUCCUGAUGGCGUUUCACCGCAGUCGAUGACAAGAGCAUCAAUUUCUUCACUUGUAGAAACUCAGCAAGGUCUCUCCCUACUCUGGAUUCACAUGUGCCUUCUCUUCUGGAUCACGCUUACAUGGAUGUGUAAUCUCUUCUACAUUUGCAAUGGAGCAUUCAAAUUACGAGCAGCGAAAAUAGAAAGUGCCAUACGCAGUGUGGAGCCCGAUACCAUGAUCAAGAGCGAGGCACAGUAUCAUCCCCAUCCUCACCCACAAUACCCAUUCCAGGAUAUUCCAUCCAUUGACACCGACCGCUCCAACCGUGGUUUGCGUCUGCGUACUGUGAUGGUGACCAACGUUCCGGUGCAGCUUCGCUCAGAAAAAGAGCUCAAGGAGUACUUUGAAUAUCACCUAUCGCGAUCUCUCGACAAGCCUUCCGUUGGCUUGUCAGCAUCGACUCAACCCGGUCUAUUAAACAAAUUGUUCACUUUUGGUUUCAAUCGAGCAAAGCGCAUCCCGCAGAACAUAGGUAUGUCUGCACGCGAAACUGCGAAUGCGAGUCAGGAAGGAAGCGAUGGAAAUCCACUUGGACAAGUUCCCAAUCUAAACCUGCGAAAUGUGCCACAUAUCGACCGAGUUGUUAUUGCACGACGAAUGACGGAACUGGCGUCAUUGCUGGAACGGCGCGAAGAGAUCAUCCGUCGUUUAGAGGGCGCGCAUAUUAGGUUGGCAAAGAAGGCACUCUUAGCGGUGCACAAUGCAAAACAUGGACACGGUUCACUGGCAAAGGAGGAUACCGCCAUGUCUAGGCGCGCUAGGACUUCAGAUGUAGAAAUCGGGUGUAGUCAAGCCCACGACAGACAACAGAAUAGUGAUACAGACUUACUCGUUCGGACGCUCUCGCCGUUUCUGGUCGAACACCAGUCGACCAGCAACUUUCCCUCAAGCCACAAACUUAGUUUGAAAAUGGAGGAUUCGGCGACGGAUAACAUCGAACCACACAAGACAAUAUGGGAUGCACUUUUCAGUUUACCGCGAUCCAUACUAGACCCAUACCAGCCAUUGAUCCACCUUUCUGUCUUUUUCCGUGGGAAAACCGUGCCGAGCAUUGAUUAUUACAAUGCCAAACUCAACCUUCUUACAUCGUUGAUAACGGAGAAUCGAGCGCGGGCUGCUACGGAAUACGACGCUGUGUCAACAGCGUUCGUAACCUUCAAAGAUCCGGCAGAUGCAAGGAAGGCAUGCAAAUACUUAGCAGUACAUCCUAAUAACCCACUUGCAUGCCUUGUGACGAUGGCCCCGCAGUAUGAAGACAUCGAUUGGACAAGGGUUAUGAGGUCAACUUACCGAGUGGACAUAUUCAAAGAUUGGGUAGUAAACAUUGGGGUCUGGGGAUUUACGAUAUUCUGGGUUUUUCCAGUGUCACUGUUUGUUGGUCUUGUUUCUAUUCAAAGCAUUUCGACCUUCUGGCCGAGUUUGUACAACUAUCUAUCCAGUCACCCUUGGGAGGAAGAGGUCAUUCAAUCAUUCCUUCCGACUGUCCUCAUCUCACUACUCGCGAUCCUCAUUCCGCCCAUUCUUCUCCUCACUUCGAAGAAAGCCCAUAUAAUCAUCACUCUUUCCGUAAUGCACGACACAAUUAUGACCCGUUACUAUAAAUUUCUAAUCGUCAAUGUCUUGGUGUUUUUCUGCGUGGGAACCGCUGCACUCCAGUCUUUCCUUACUUCGUUCAAGGCUGUAUCUGGGAGUGGGAUAAUAGAUACUGUCGCUGAUAGUUUUACGACAGCUGGACCUUUCUAUGUUGGAUGGCUAAUCUUCACCACCGCAAUUCAUGGAGGAUUAGAGCUUAUGUUGUUUGGUUUGCCUUUGUUCGUUUAUCCCUCCACCAAGCGACAUGUAACUCCGAGAAAACGAGCUGUUGGAAUUCGCCCACGAACAUUUAAUUUCUAUUACUGGCUACCAAACCAUCUUCUGGUCAUUCAUAUACUACUCCUCUUCGCUCUGCUUAACCCACUUGUCAUACCCUUCGGGUUGAUAUAUUUUUCAGUUGAGACUGCUGUUGUAAAAAAUCAGUUGCUACAUGUUUAUUCGAAGAACUACGAAGGCAAUGGUCAACUAUUGUUGAUCCGUAUCCUUCGUUAUUCAUUGGAUGGAUUGAUGCUGUCUCAAUUCGUAUUCCUGGCGUACAUGGCUGUAUUGCGGAAAACUGUCAAUGUAGCACUAUCAGGUUUCUUAUUCGUCUUCACCGCGAUAGUCAAGGUAAUUCUGACUCGAAUGUGCCGCGCCAAGUUUGAGCAAGAUGAUAUUGAGGAGGCGCAGGUGGUCUGUAGGAUGGGCAAAGGAGAAUCCGAGGACAGCACAGAAAGCCAGACUAUCCCGUCAAACUACCAUGGCGAUGCUAAGGACGUAGCAGCCGGCGUUGGGGACCACCCUUCAAGAUUCCAGACGUGGCGCUUACCGACCUGGGUGAAUUUCUCUUAUUCGACUGUUCCUCGAAGACCACGACCACAUGAGCGGCGUAAACUAAAUUCGUUUGGCCCUCGCCCCUGUUCGUUUUCGAGGCUACAUUCAGUUGAUGAGAGCGGGAAUCCACCACCAACCUCGACUCAAGGAGAAGCAUCUGCUGCCGUUGUGGAUCAGGUCGUCGAAUCCCCACCUUCUGAACGGCAACGUCAGCCUCCAGCACGCAUCUUGACUUCUCUCGUACAGCGACAUCCACCUCUUGCAGCGUGGGAUGACGAACCCCAUCACGACAUCCCUUAUGAUAACCCUUACUACACACGACCUAUCAAUAAUGCCUUAUGGCUCCCAAGAGAUCCGCUAGGUCUUCUGGACCUCGAUGACACUGUUGAUGUUUACCAAGUUUUAACAAGUGAGCCUGACACUGGUGAUAUGGGUCACUUGUUUGGUCCCGGCUCUUCGGUAUCCCCCGCACUUCAGCCCCCUAGCUCAGUGCCUGGCGAUCAGCAAUCAUCUUUCCUUGCAACUAGGCAAUACAGUGGUACUGAACAUAUUGAUCUUCCUGAAGGCAUCAAGUCUCGCAUUGUCACCAUUGAUCAAGAGGUUGAUGUAGAGUCUACAAGACCACGCCGUCCAUCCUUGUUCUCUCGACAUCGCUCGGGUAGUAAUGUUAGCAUGAAAAGUGGCGAUCGCGCAUCCAGAGGUCUUUCAGGUCGAUCACAGACCAUGGAUGGCAGUCACGCCGAAUCCCGUCGCAAAUCACCCUCUGACUACGCACCAAGAUCCAUUCGUGAAAGGGCAUCUUCAUACCUUCCGCCAUCUAACCUUCACUUCCAAUCUCAGUUUCGUGCUCUUGACCCUGGGUCUCGGCCAGAUCUGCACGCCCAGGCUGAAUUUGCGCGUUCUACGACAUCGAUUGUGAGGCACGGUGGCUCGCAGGUGUCGCUGGCGCAUCCUAUCAAUGGGACUCCUCAAGAAGUCGCCACGACACCUGGAGAGGCUGUUGUGACAACCCGGGAAGCUGUCGUGACUGAAGCAAUCGCGGAAGAACAUUUAGCGACGGAGGAACGGUUGAGAAAGGAGCAUGCGGCUGCUGAGUUGAAUCAUAGGUCGACGAAACGGUCUUGGUUUACAUCUUGGCUUUAUGCUAAGUCUUAGCGACGAACUGAGUAGGGCUGUCGAAACACCUUUUGUGGAAUCGACGUAUUGUGAUUCUGUGAUUACCGGUUCGGAAGUGCACCUCUAUAACAGGAAAUCCGAUGCCCUAGGUCAGGGGUCGUUCUAGAAAGUGAUCAAAGGCUCUCGAUUCUUACUGAACCCUGUAGGUACUAUGUAGUAAAUCCGCACUUGGGAGCUCUCACGCAACUCAGGUAAAGGCAAAUAAAUUGUCACAGGCCGAGAAAUAUGGACGACAUGCGAUGAUACAAU